GUCUUCGUCUCCCCUAUCUAUGUUCACUUACGGUCGUGUACAACGCCAUGAAAGCAACCACCACAACCGCCCCGCCAAGCAACCCUCGUUGUUCCGUGACCAAACACAAGAAACUCUUUGUAGUUCUGAUCUGAAUGUUUAAUAUAAUUUGAUAUAUAUUUUUAAAAUGACAGAAGAGAAAGAACAAUCAUGGUUACCAGACUCUUUGCUUCUCUGGUCUGCCAUCUCCAAGAUCCAGUUACCAUGGUUGUUUCACCGGUUUUGACAGUCCCUUCAAUCACUUCAACGCCCACUUAUCAUCCUCAGUUCUCCGAACGAUGAACCCUAGGACCUUAGAAAUGAUUAAACCCUAGAAUAAAAGUAAACCAAAAUGUCUAGACACUGAACAAGAACGUAAGGGCUAUGUCUGCAUCCUCUCGGGGCCAUCAAACCACGAUUCCAGAUCAACGGGAAGCCCAAAAGGAUCUUCAUAUAUAAUUGCCAAAAGCUUUGACCCAGCUGGAAUUCUGGUUUCUACAAUGGUGUAUCAGCUGUCAUUGGCUCCAUUUUUCUCUUCCGAGUAUUUUGGGACUAUUAAGUCGAAGUUCAACAAGUCUAUCCCAUCGAUAUUGCUUAUGGUCGUUCAUGUCAAAUCUUCACAUACGAAAUUGGGACAGGUGGAUGAGUUUUGUUGGGUUUUUCGUGAUAUGCUUGUCGCAGUUUCCCAGGUUCUAAACCAAUUAACCAAUAGAUAAGCGUUUUUUCACGAAGAAACAGACGAUUCGAGCAUUGUUGCGUUUUGAGACACGAUGAAGCUUAAUCCAAUCACAUUUGAUUUUCCUUUUCUUUGGAAACGGCCAAUCGGGAAUACGCAAAAAUCCGACUCCCAGGUCCCAACCGCGUGAUUGGAAGAGAAGAUAAAAAAGCUGGAACAAGCAUAAAAUUUUUCCCUGUUGUUUUGACUGAUGCUCUCAUCGUUGGCCAUCUGUUGCCAAGUUAUGACCUGGAAUUUGUUUAGGGCUUCUAAGAACAAAACACUCGCACUUGUGCGGAUAUAGAAGGAAGGCGAGCCUUCCCUCUCGCGCUCAUUUCGCCUCUUAUUUCGACCCUUCUGAUGCUCUUCUUACUCUGGAAAAUCUCGCAUCCACCGAUUUGAUCGAUUCUUCUAUUCCUUCAAUAUUUUCACUAACAAUUUUUUUUCCAAAAACUUCAGACAAAACAUCUUCUUCAAUGUUAUCCUGCAAGACAUUUACUUAAAAAUAAUAAUAAAGGAAACCAGAGUCGAAUUUCAGGAUCCUUUUUUAAGGUAUUAUUUAUCUAAUCUCUGUCUUCUUCAUUGGAUUUGUUAUUUCGUGUGCGCUUCCUCAUUUUUAUGGAAUUCGGAGUCUUAUAUUGAAGUUGAUUUUUUCCCCUUUGUCUGGGUCUUCAACUAGGUUCAAAUCAAUGCCCACCAUUUGGUUUCAUCUCAUUUCUUGUUUUCGUUGUUUCUUUGAAGUUUGUUUAUUGGUCUACUGCAUUUGUUUGGUCUUCAAGGGGAUUAGUGAGUAGAUUCUUCUUUGUGUGAUUCUAUGAAGAUAGACCCUGUUUUAUGAUGCAAAUUUCUUAUGCCUUUCACUGUUUUUGAGUCAAAACUGAAUCAGCUUGAUAGUUCUUUUUUACCUCUGAUUUUCUGGCAUUUGAUGACAACCCACAUGAAUGUCGAUCUCCAUUGAUUUGCUCCAGUUGUUUCCGUCUCUUUUGGAUUAAUUUGCAUAUGAAUAUUGUUUCUCUGUUUACCUCAUUUGCCAAAUUGUCAUUUCCGGUAGUCGGUAGAGGAGAUUAGCUUUUUUCAAAUUAGCAGCUGUUCGAAUUUUAGUUGAGGAGUGGAGGUUUGCAUUAGUCAUAGCUCUGGUUAUACCUUUGCUUAUUUUUCAGAAUUAUUGUACCAUUUCAGGCCAACCUUGUAUAGUUUAAAAGUGUAUAUUUGUCGUUUUGUUCCUUCAGUUGCUGAGAAUAAUCCGAAUGAGUAUUACCAGGUCAAGAAUUUCUUCUUUACCAAAAAAAGAAAGAUUACGAGGUCAAGAACAAUAGGAUGGAGGAAGAUAGACAGGAAUCAGGAGAAGUUUCUGGGAAAGACUCUGAGAUGGGCAUGGAGGUCCAUGAAACUGGCGGAGGGGAAAAUGGAAGAGCAUAUUACGACAUGCACAGUGAUAGGGAUGAACCGGAAAUUAAUCGGGGCUUGCAAGGAUUGAUUUCUGUGAAUUCAGGGAUAACUUCUGGAGACGGAGGCGAACAACGUGAUGAAGAAGACCGGUUUGAGCAUGCGUCCUUGAAAGAUAAAGAGAGGAAUAUGUCGGACUGUCAGGGCAAUGUGGAUACAAUUUUGUCUUCUAACUUGGAUAGCAUGAACAGAUUAUCUUGCAACGAGGAGGCCUUAGAGUCUUCUACUGGGAAACCUGUUGCACAGUUAGACGUUGCUAUUAGUGGUGAGAUGCAAGACCAGCAUAGUUCGAGUCCCAUGUCCGAGAGACAAUCUGAGUUGGCUAUCAAAAAGUCUCUUUCUUCAGCUAGUUUUGACUCCUCGGGUUUCUAUGGAGAGGCUGGAUACACUUCACCUGUAUACUAUUCACCUGUUGACUCCCCUACAAAACUUAGGCCAAAACCUGUUAUGCCCAAUGUGUCACCAGAACUGUUGCAUUUAGUGGAUUCAGCUAUUAUGGGGAAACCUGAAGCCAUGGAGAAACUUAAGGGUGUUGUAUGUGGCAAGGAGAGUUUUGGGAGGGGAGAGGAAGUUGAGAGCAUAGCUGUAUUGGUAGUGGAUUCACUUCUUGCAACGAUGGGCGGUGUUGAAUCUUUUGAAGAGGGUGAAGAUAGCAAUCCUCCUAGUGUGAUGCUGAACUCAAGGGCUGCCAUUGUAGCAGGUGAGCUGAUUCCUUGGCUUCCCUGGGAAGGUGACGGGGACGGUCUAAUGUCUCCAAGAACACGUAUGGUUAAAGGACUGCUGGCAAUAUUGAGAGCUUGCACGAGAAACAGAUCUAUGUGCUCCACAGCUAGUCUGUUAGGAGUUCUUCUGGGAUCAGCAGAGAACAUAUUUCUUCAGGAUGUUGGCUCAACGGGGCAGUUUCACUGGGAUGGUACACCUCUGUGCCGCUGCAUCUAUUACCUAGCAGCACAUUCCCUUAGUGUAAUUGAUCUGCGUAGGUGGCUUCAGGUAAUCAUAAAGACACUAUCCACAGGCUGGGCAAUCCAUUUGAUUCUUGCAUUGGAAAAAGCUGUGGGUGGGAAGGAAACAGGAGGUCCAGCAUGUACAUUUGAGUUUGAUGGUGAAAGCUCUGGUUUACUUGGUCCAGGAGAGAGCCGUUGGCCAUUCACCAAUGGUUAUGCGUUUGCAACAUGGAUCUACAUAGAGUCAUUUGCAGACACUCUAAAUACUGCAACGGCUGCUGCAGCAAUUGCUGCAGCUGCUGCAGCAAAAUCUGGAAAAUCCUCCGCCAUGUCAGCUGCAGCUGCUGCAAGUGCACUUGCUGGUGAAGGUACGGCACACAUGCCAAGGUUGUUUAGUUUCUUAUCUGCUGAUAAUCAGGGGGUGGAAGCAUAUUUUCAUGCUCAGUUUUUGGUUGUUGAAACUGGUAGUGGCAAGGGAAAGAAAGCUUCCCUGCAUUUUACUCAUGCAUUCAAGCCACAGUGCUGGUAUUUUAUUGGGCUAGAGCAUACUUGCAGGCAGGGGCUAAUUGGGAAGGCAGAGAGUGAGUUAAGGCUGUAUAUUGAUGGUUCCUUGUAUGAAAGUCGUCCAUUCGAGUUUCCCCGGAUAUCCAAGCCUCUUGCGUUUUGCUGCAUUGGGACAAAUCCUCCUCCAACCAUGGCUGGCUUGCAAAGGCGGCGCCGUCAAUGUCCACUUUUUGCUGAGAUGGGUCCUAUAUAUAUAUUUAAGGAGCCUAUUGGCCCAGAGAGGAUGGGCCGUUUAGCUUCUAGGGGAGGUGAUGCGCUGCCCUCUUUUGGCAAUGGGGCAGGGUUACCAUGGAUGGCAACAAAUAACCAGUUACGAAGUUUGGCAGAAGAAAGCUCAGUUUUGGAUGCAGAAAUUGGAGGAAGCUUGCACCUUCUUUAUCACCCCAGUUUGCUCAGUGGGCGUUUCUGUCCAGAUGCUUCUCCCUCUGGUGCUGCAGGAACACAUCGAAGACCUGCUGAGGUUCUUGGGCAAGUUUAUGUUGCUACACGAAUGCGUCCUGUAGAGUCCAUGUGGGCCUUAGCCUAUGGAGGACCCAUGUCUUUGCUUCCCUUGACAGUAAGCAAUGUUGAAAAGGAUAGCUUGGAACCAAAAUAUGGGAACUUUCCACUGUCUUCAGCCACAGCUUAUCUUUCUGCUUCAAUUUUUAGAAUUAUUACCAUGGCUAUUCAACACCCAGGAAAUAAUGAAGAGUUGUGCCGCACAAGUGGUCCUGAGCUUUUGUCAAGAAUCUUAAAUUAUUUGCUGCAAACUCUGUCUUUAAUUGAUCUUGGAAAACAAAAUGGAGUUGGAGAUGAGGAACUUGUUGCAGCAAUUGUUUCUCUAUGUCAAUCACAGAAAAGAAAUUACGCACUCAAAGUGCAGCUUUUUAGUACAUUGUUGUUGGACCUGAAAAUCUGGAGCCUAUGCAAUUAUGGGAUUCAGAAGAAGCUUUUAUCUUCAAUUGCAGACAUGGUGUUCACUGAAUCAUCAGCAAUGCGAGAUGCAAAUGCCAUGCAGAUGCUUCUUGAUAGCUGCAGGAGGUGCUAUUGGGUCAUUCGUGAAAAGGACUCUGUUAAUACAUUUUCACUGCAUGAGGGACCACGUCCCAUUGGAGAAGUUAAUGCAUUGGUGGAUGAGCUUUUGGUGGUUAUCGAACUCCUAGUAGGAGCUGCACCUCCGUCACUUGCUGUUGAUGAUGUUCAUUGUUUGAUUGGGUUCAUGGUUGAUUGCCCACAACCUAAUCAGGUUGCACGUGUGUUGCAUCUAAUCUACAGGUUGGUGGUACAGCCAAAUACAUCCAGAGCGCACACAUUUGCAGAAUCUUUUAUUUCUUGUGGAGGGAUAGAAACACUUCUAGUUCUGCUGCAACGAGAAGCAAAAUCUGGUGACUGUCGAUCAGAAGAUUCUAACAAGGAAGAUGAUAAAAGCAUCUCGAGUCAGGGAUCUGAACUACGUGCUGAUAGAGUUGAGGAGAAAAGUCAGGAUGGUAAUCUAGAACCUAUUGGGGAAAAGGAGAAGGCUUCUGAUGAAAAGAGUUCAGAGUCACAGUCCUAUGACAGUGAAGGCAGCAACACUGCAGUUUCCAUGGGCACAAACAUUGCAAGAAUGCCAUCUAUGUCUGAGCGUCAACUCAUGAAGAAUUUGGGUGGUAUAAGCUUUUCAAUAAGUGCUGAGAGUGCGAGGAAUAAUGUCUAUAAUGUUGAUAAUGGUGAUGGAGUAGUUGUUGGGAUUAUCAGUCUUUUGGGUGUAUUAGUGGCAUCAGGGCAUCUAAAAUUUGUUUCACAUGCUCCAACAAAUAUGACAAGUAGCUUUCUGGGUAAUGGACUACAUGAUGGAGGAGGUACUAUGUUUGAUGAUAAAGUUUCUCUUCUACUUUUUGCUUUACAAAAGGCUUUCCAAGCGGCACCAAAGAGGCUUAUGACUAACAAUGCCUACUUAGCUUUAUUGGGUGCAUCGAUAAAUGCUUCUUCAACUGAUGAUGGGCUAAACCUUUAUGCUUCUGGCCAUCACUUUGAACAUCUCCAGCUUUUGCUGGUUCUUCUCCAUUCACUUCCAUAUGGAUCUGGGGCAUUUCAAAUUCGUGCCAUACGGGAUAUUUUGUUUUUGGCUUGUAGUCAUCCGGAGAAUAGAAGCUGCCUUACUAAUAUGGAAGAGUGGCCUGAGUGGAUUUUGGAGGUUCUUAUUUCUAAUUAUGAGAUAGGUUCGAGCAAAUUCUCAAAUGGGGCAAGCAUCGGAGAAAUAGAGGAUCUGAUACACAAUUUCCUGAUUAUCAUUUUGGAGCAUUCAAUGCGACAGAAAGAUGGGUGGAAGGACAUCGAAGCUACAAUUCAUUGUGCUGAGUGGUUAUCUAUGAUUGGUGGAUCUAGUGUGGGAGACCAACGUAUUAGACGAGAAGAAUCACUGCCUAUAUUCAAGAGAAGACUCUUGGGUAGCUUGCUGGAUUUUGCUGCCAGAGAGUUGCAGGUUCAGACUCAAGUUAUUGCAGCCGCAGCUGCUGGUGUUGCUGCUGAGGGUUUGUCGCCUAAUGAUGCCAAAGCAGAAGCAGAGAAUGCUGCACAGCUUUCUGUGGCUUUGGCAGAGAAUGCAAUUGUCAUUUUAAUGCUAGUUGAAGAUCAUUUGCGGCUACAAAGCCAAUUAUUUAAUGCUUCACAUUCAACGGGUUGUCCUCAUUCUCCCACAUCAAUCACUUCACCUGUUGGUAGCCAGUCAAAUUCAUUAUCUAGAACUCCUGGAGAAUCGUUGGAAACUCUGGGUACCUGCAAAUCGUUAUCCAGUGAUUCUGGGGGCCUUCCUCUUGAUGUUCUUGCUUCUAUGGCUGAUGCAAAUGGGCAAAUUUCUGCAACAGUGAUGGAACGUCUUACCGCAGCUGCAGCAGCAGAACCUUAUGAUUCUGUUAGGUGUGCAUUUAUGUCAUAUGGGAGCUGUGCGUUAGACUUAGCUAAAGGUUGGAGGUAUAGGAGCUGGAUGUGGUAUGGGGUUGGCCUUUCCUUGAAAACCACCAUUUUUGGUGGUGGUGGCAGUGGUUGGGAAUCUUGGACAUCUGCUUUGGAAAAGGACGCAAAUGGGAAUUGGAUUGAACUUCCUCUGAUAAAGAAAUCAGUCACCAUGCUCCGAGCAUUGUUGUUAGAUGAGUCUGGACUCGGUGGUGGUCUUGGCAUUGGAGGAGGAUCUGGUACUGGAAUGGGAGGAAUGGCAGCACUCUAUCAGCUACUAGAUAGUGACCAACCAUUCUUAUGUAUGCUUCGAAUGGUACUUAUUUCAAUGAGGGAGGAAGACAAUGGAGAAGAUGGCAUGUCUACAAGAUCUACAAUUAAGCCAGGAUCAACAUUACUCUGGAGUGUCCUUUCACCUAUUUUGAACAUGCCUAUUUCAGAGUCCAAGAGACAGAGGGUGUUGGUUGCAUCUUGUGUUCUUUAUUCUGAGGUUUGGCAUGCUAUUAGUAGGGAUAGGAAACCUCUUCGUAAACAAUACCUGGAGGCCAUUUUACCCCCAUUUGUUGCCAUUUUGAGGCGGUGGCGCCCACUACUAGCUGGAAUUCAUGAGCUUACUUCCUCAGAUGUUCUAAAUCCUCUCGUUGUUGAUAAUCGUGCCUUGGCUGCAGAUGCACUGCCUAUUGAGGCUGCUCUUGCCAUGAUAUCACCAGGUUGGGCUGCAGCUUUUGCAUCUCCUCCUGCUGCAAUGGCAUUGGCAAUGAUUGCUGCAGGUGCUGGUGGUGGUGAAACUAUAGCACCUCCACCACCUACACAGCUUAGACGUGAUUCGUCAUUGCUUGAGCGGAAGUCUACUAAGCUUCACACAUUCUCAAGCUUUCAGAAGCCUCUGGAAACACCUGACAGGUCAACAUCAGCUCCUAAGGACAAGGCUGCUGCAAAAGCUGCUGCAUUGGCAGCUGCACGUGAUCUUGAGAGGUUUGCAAAGGUUGGUACCGGAAGAGGUCUGAGUGCUGUAGCUAUGGCUACAUCUGCUCAACGUAGGAGUGCAAGUGAUAUGGAGCGUGUGAAGAGAUGGAAUAUCUCUGAAGCCAUGGGAACUGCCUGGAUGGAAUGCUUGCAGUCAGUUGAUACAAAAUCUGUCUCAGGAAAAGAUCUUAAUGCUCUAUGUUACAAAUAUGUUGCAGUCCUUGUUACAAGUUUUGCUCUUGCAAGAAAUAUUGAACGAUCUGAGGUUGACAGACGCAACCAAGUUUCUGUUAUAGAUCGACACCGUUUGUCCACUGGAAUUCGUGCUUGGCGCAAAUUGAUUCGCUGCUUGAUGGAGAUGAAUGGCCUUUUUGGGCCACUGGGAGAACAUCUAUCUAAGCCUGAGCGUAUAUUCUGGAAGUUAGACAGUAUGGAAAGUUCUUCAAGGAUGAGAAGAUGCCUGAGAAGGAAUUACAAGGGGUCUGAUCAUUUGGGUGCUGCUGCUAAUUAUGAAGAUAAUCUGCAAACUCUGCAAAAUAGGGAAAAUGUAAUAUGCCCUUCUACUAGUUCUAUAGUAGUUGCAGCAGCAAUUUCAAUGGAGGAUGUAAACGAAGAUGAUGAACAGAUAGACACUGAUAACUUGGAUGGUAGAACACAUGAUAUGGAGGAGGGUGGAGAUAGUCAACAAAGGCUGUCCACACCAACGGAGCAACCUAUACAGGAAAAAACUGAUUCUAGUGAUGCUCAAGUUUCUAACAAUGAACAUUUAGUCCAACAUCCAUCUGCAAUUGCGCUUGGGUAUGUUCCUAGUGAACUUGAUGAAAGAAUCAUUCUUGAACUUCCGUCAUCGAUGGUCAGUCCACUGAGAGUCAUCCAAGGAACUUUUCAAAUAACGACGAAAAGAAUAAAUUUUAUGGUUGAUGAUCACAUUGACAACAGUGCUGUGGAGGGUGGGUCUGAUUCCAGUCUUGAAGAUAGAUAUCAAGAAAAAGAUCGAAGCUGGUUGAUGUCUUCUAUUCAUCAAGUGUUUAGCAGAAGAUAUCUUCUACGGAGAAGUGCACUGGAAUUAUUUAUGGUUGACAGAUCAAACUUCUUCUUUGACUUUGGGAAUAUUGAAGGGCGGAAGAAUGCAUAUAAAGCUAUAGUUCAAGCACGGCCUCCUCAUUUGAACAACAUUUAUCUAGCCACACAAAGACCUGAACAACUUCUUAAGAGAACUCAGCUUAUGGAGCGUUGGGCUAGAUGGGAGAUCAGCAAUUUUGAAUAUCUUAUGCAGCUCAAUACCCUGGCUGGCCGUAGUUAUAAUGACAUCACACAGUAUCCUGUUUUUCCAUGGAUUCUUGCUGAUUACACUUCAAAGAAUUUGGAUCUCACUGAUCCAUCUUCAUACCGAGAUCUUUCACAGCCUGUUGGUGCAUUAAAUGUUGAUAGGCUAAAAAAAUUCCAAGAAAGAUACUCCAGCUUUGAUGAUCCAAUCAUCCCAAAGUUUCAUUAUGGUUCACAUUACUCAAGUGCCGGAACAGUUUUGUAUUACCUUGUUAGAGUGGAGCCAUUUACCACUCUCUCAAUCCAGCUACAAGGUGGCAAAUUUGAUCAUGCAGAUCGGAUGUUUUCUGACAUAGCUUCUACUUGGAAUGGUGUUCUUGAGGACAUGAGUGAUGUCAAGGAGUUGGUUCCAGAGCUCUUUUACCUCCCUGAGGUUCUAAUGAAUGGAAACUCAAUUGAUUUUGGCACAACACAACUAGGGGGAAAGCUUGAUUCUGUGAGACUUCCACCAUGGGCUGAAAAUCCUAUUGAUUUCAUUCAUAAGCAUCGGAAAGCUCUUGAGAGUGAGCAUGUUUCUGCUCAUUUGCAUGAAUGGAUUGACCUCAUAUUUGGAUAUAAACAGCGGGGAAAGGAAGCUGUAUUGGCCAACAACGUGUUUUUUUAUAUAACCUAUGAAGGCACUGUUGAUAUUGAUAAAAUUUCAGAUCCAGCACAACAACGUGCUACACAAGAUCAAAUAGCGUACUUUGGACAAACUCCUUCUCAGCUUCUUACUGUGCCUCACAUGAAAAAGCGACCAUUGGCAGAUGUUCUUCACUUGCAGACUAUAUUUCGAAACCCAAAUGAGGUCAGACCAUAUGUGAUCCCAAAUCCUGAACGUUGCAAUGUUCCUGCUGCUUCCAUUUAUGUGUCAUCAGAUUCUGUCAUAGUUGUUGAUGUAAAUGCUCCAGCUGUCCAUGUUGCAGUGCACAAGUGGCAGCCUAAUACACCUGAUGGCCAAGGCACGCCAUUCCUUUUUCAACAUGGGAAAGCCUUAUCAAGUUCAACUGGUGGAGCAUUCAUGCGCAUGUUUAAAGGGCCAGUUGGGUUUAAUUCUGAAGAAUGGCAGUUUCCACAGGCACUAGCAUUUGCAACAUCUGGAACAAGAACCUCAGAUUUGGUUGUCAUCACAUGUGACAAAGAAAUCAUCACCGGUGGGCAUGCCGACAACAGUGUCAAGUUGAUAUCAUCUGAUGGAGCAAAAACCAUUGAAACAGCCAGAGGGCAUUGUGCUCCAAUUACUUGUAUUGCUUUGUCAUCUGAUAGCAACUACCUUGUGACUGGAUCUCGUGAUGCAACAAUCAUACUAUGGAGGGUGCAUCGGGCAUUUGCAUCACACUCAAGCAAUAUUUCAGAGCCUUCCACUACAUCUGACACACCCACUACAAGUAAUGGUAACCUAACAAAUGUGAUGGUAGAGAAUAACCGGAGAGGUCGAAUUGAGGGCCCCAUGCAUGUAUUGAGAGGCCAUUUCAGGGAAAUAAUUUGUUGCAGUGUCAGUUCUGAUGUUGGAAUUGUUGCAUCGUGCUCCCAUUUUUCAGAUGUAUUGAUUCAUUCCAUAAGAAGGGGUCAGUUGAUCAGGAGAUUAGUUGGGGUGGAAGCACAUGCUAUUUGCCUUUCAUGUCUAGGGGUUAUAAUGACCUGGAACAAAACAGAGUGUGUGCUUAGGACUUUCACCAUCAAUGGGAUUCCAAUUGCGACAACAGAACUUUCCAUUUUAUGUGGCAAUGUUAGGUGCAUGGAGGUUUCUGUUGAUGGAGAGAAUGUCAUAAUUGGGGUGAAUUCAUCUUCAGAAAGUGAGAAUAUUCAUGGAUCUCUUGGAUCGAGUGGUGAGAACCUAAACAAGUUGACAGUUCCGGUGCCUUCAAUUCUAUUCAUGGAUCUUUAUACUCUGAAGGUAUUUCAUACACUAAAGCUGGGAGAAGGGCAAAACAUAACUGCUUUCGCUUUGAACAAGGACAAUACUAAUCUUUUAGUGUCAACAUCGGACAAGAAGUUGGUAGUUUUUACUGAUCCAUCUUUGAGCUUGAAGGUGGUGGAUCAAAUGCUUAAGCUUGGAUGGGAAGGUGAUGGGCUUAGUCCUCUAAUAAAGUGACUCUCAAGCCAUCAAAUUUUGGUUGUAUAUAAGAUUUGUCAUUGGCGGCAGUCUUCUAGGGCACACAGAGCUGCAAUUAUACAAGGCUUUGACGUUGAGGAUGUACAUGUGUAUCUACCAAUGGAGCGACAGCCUACUAGCACCACAGAUGAUGUUUGUAAAAAACAAGGUUGCUUCACUCUAGUUGUUUGCCAGUCAGGUAUUUUCUGUUGUAUCCUCCAAUUGUCCUCUCUUUGUAAAUUUGAAAUGAAAGUAAUCCAAUUUCUGUUAUAUUUUAUACAUUUCAACCGAAAUAGCAGCUUCAUUAGGACCCCUCAAAAACAUGAAGAAUUAAAAAUUAAAUAUGGAGCUUGAU